ACAGCGUGACUUCCCGCAUCCAGCACCAAGAGAGGAGAGGACAUAGGUGACAGAAACCUUAUAGUGCCUACCAACACCCUCACACUCUCCCUAGCAUCCUUCUGGCACUUUCCCCGGCACACACCUGCCUCCUCACAGGUACACACAUUCGCCACACACCUUGAAGAAUGCCAGACUACGUGGAGACGAAUUUUGAUGAGCGUAGUGGGUUCGUGCCCUGCCUGACGGAGUGGGGGCGCUGGUGGCAGACUGUGGCGGAGGUGCACGUGGAGGUGUUGGUGCCUGAGGGUACACGGUCCAAGGCGAUGCAGGUGGAGGUUCGGCCGUCACACAUCAAGGUGGUGGUGCUGGGGAAGCUGGUCUUUGAGGGCACACUGUAUGGUGUGGUGCGGGCUGACGAGACAGUAUGGACUCUGGAGGACAAGAAGCUACUACACAUCGCCAUGAGCAAGGCCGAUGCCUGCACUAAGGAGAACCUGUGGGAAGGGCUUCUCUCCGAUCGCUUCCUGGCCGACCCAUUCGUGCUGCUGGAGAUGAGGAAAAAAUUAGAUCUGGAGCACUUUCAGAUGGAGAAUCCCGGGUUUGACUUCAGCAGCGCCACACUAAAGAAGGGAUACGACAAGGUGCCAAAUUCCCUCCUGCAGAAGUGGGAGGAACGGCAGACACUGGAGAAGCAGGAGGAGGAGCAGAAGAAGGAACAGAAGGAGGAUAGCCAGCCAGUUAGUAGUGAAGGAAGCUGAGGCAGGAAAUGUAGUCACUGUCUCCCUCCAGUGUCCAGCUUGUCUCUCAGUGAUGGAGUCUUCACUGUCUGAUAGAAUACAGCUGCCAUUCUUUGUUGUAGUAUGGUUAGGUUCUCACACACACACACACACACACACUAACUGAAGAAAUGUAUUAGUGGUAAAAUCUUUAUCCAAAAAUGUCUGAAGAACUGUCACACACACACAUACACACUCAUUCACAUUUACACACACACACACACACACACAUACACACAGAUAAUACAUGUUUAAAAAAUAUAUGAAUAAUAGAACCAACAUCUGAAGAGAGAAGAAAAACUAUAUUAGAAUGAAGAGUAUGAAAAUAAAAAUAAAGAUGCCUAAAAAAAAAAAAGCAAUGAAAAGUAUGAAAAAGUUGAUUUCUAGAUACAAAAGAGUGCUGGAAAAGUAUGAAAGAAGUUAAGAAGAGAAACGUAUUAAUAUUUGAGGAACAUUUGGUGAGGUGUAGAAAAAAAGUGUUUACAUCCAAGUGACAUUUGGUGAGGUAUAGAGAAAAGCAUUAAUAAUCUGAGGAACAUUUGGUGAGCAAUAGAGAAAAGCAUUGAUAUUUGAGUGGCAUUUGGUGAAGAAUAGAGAAGCAUUAAUAUCUCAGUAGCAUUUGGUGAGGGUGGUGGUGAUAGUAGAGGAGACAAUGAUGAUGAUGAUGGUGAUGAUGAUGAUGAUGGUGGUGGUAGUGGUGGUGGUGGUGAAGCAAACCAAAACCAGUAUUCAUCAAUUUGUACUUCACUCAAUGUACAAAACUCUGAGGCCAACCCUAGCACAUGUACACAAUGACACAGUAAACAUAAUCACCUACA